UCGUCUUCCAAUGAUAUAUGUACCCCAAGCUGCGGAAACAGCAACAGAUGAAAUCACCAAGAUAACUAGUUCCAAGACAUCUGUGACUUCCACCCCAGAACCAUCCAGCACAACAUCAGAGCCUGUGCCUGAGGCACACUCACCAUCCAGCACCCAGGCAACUCAUGACAGCAAUCCUGAGGAAGGAGAGGGUGAGGCAGAGCCCGAGGGUGAAGCCACACCCAGCUCUACCUCCGGUUCCUCCACAACCAUCCCCAUAGCUGAACCAGGCCCUGACUGGGUAGAUGCCAAAAAGAAAUGGAACAUUGCUUGGGAGAUCCAUCUGUACAUGUUAGGGGGAAUAUUUGCAGCAAUAUCUUUUUACACUGUCACCAGUAUGAUCAAACUGUACCAGAUCAACAGGCUUCUGAGCAAGAAAUACUUCAUCACCCUCAACCUCCUCAUCUUCAUGUUGUGUACCGUUCGAGCUGUCUUCCUUCUUGUUGAUGGCUACAAUUCCAAUCAAACGUUUCAUCCAGUGCUCAACUAUCUCCUCUACAGCUCAGCCUUCCCUUGUUUGACAUCAGCCUUCAGCAUCCUGCUUUAUGCUCUGCUACAAGCAACACAAAUGAGACUUGUCCCACCCCGAGUUCAAAAGAUCCAAAUCCUAAUCACCGUCAUCUUAUUUCAUUUUGUUCUCCAGAUCACAACAGAUGUUCUUGUGGGAACCUAUGCUGGAAUGAACAUCAUGCUAUUUGUGUGCCAACUGUUUUACAUCUGCUGGGGAUUGUUCUUAUUCUUUGGAUAUGCUUACAUAUUCCGAUACCUGUACUCCUCGGCAGUGAAACGACAAAAGAACUACCAGUACAUGCUUACUGGAAAGACUUACCCAAGUGGAUCCGAAAGUUAUAAACACAAGUUCACCUUGAGCUUAGCAGUCAAGGUCACAUUCAUGGGGUCCAUAUUAGGUCUUGUGACCAUCGGGCUGGAAAUAUACGCCAUAAUAGGUGUAUAUGGUGUUUUCUCAGACAAAAAGCCAGAACCCUGGCCUUGGUGGUUGUACCACACUGCUUUACGACUUGUUGAGUGCUUAAUGUGUAUUAUCAUGGCCUACGUGGCUUCGCAGCCAUUUCGCUAUACAGAACUAAAGACAUGCAGUUUCUUGUGUGGUCCGUGUAUGGAGAUAUGUCAGUGUGGAGGUAAAGGCGAUCAGAGUGAUAAGCUGGGCUGGAGUGAGUAUGAUCGCUUGUACAUGACAACCAACAAAAGAAGCAACGGACAUACAAAUGGGAAGAAGAAGAAAAUAUAUUUGAAUGAAGGCACAGAUAUUGUUCCCAUUGUGAUACAGCCCAGUACAACUGAUGAGUCACGACCUCCAUCCAUGUUGAUUAUUGAGGAUGGAUAUGUUCGAUUCCAGGCGGAGACGGACAUCAAUAAAAUUGUGGAUACUUACACUAAGACACAUGAAACAGAGAUGUCAACGUUUAAAAACUUUGAUGGAAUUGUAAAUGGUGCUUAUAUUCGCUCAAUGGAGGAUACCGUUCGCUUUCAGGGCGAUCUGGCAUCAACCGAUGGCUACAUUAGAAAAAGUCGCAAAAGCAGUUUGGCAAGCAGUGGAUUUUUCCGACCACCUUCAUCUAUCAGUCUUGCUGAUAGCAUGGAGUCUGAAAUCGACAAAGCCUUUCGAAGUAUGCGACAGGACAGUUUGUCAAAAUUACGUGCUUCAACUCAUAGCUUACCUUCGCAAAGCAUGUAUAGUGGUGACGAUAACUUUCAGGGACCGGCAAUUGAUGCCUACUUGGAACAACAAGUAGGUCAACCUAAAGCUGGUCUUCGAAGGUCAAGGUCAGCAUUAGGGGACUUGAAUAUUCAAAAGCCAGAAACCUGGCGGCACAAACUGUUCAGAAGCAGAAGUGAUAACUCUGCUUGUAUCCGAACCAAAGAUUUAGACAGUAUGAGAUAUUUGUCCUUGCUUGACCUUGAAAAGCAGCAGGAUAAAAAUGCAGACAGUGCAUCUGGUGAUUCGAGUUCCAAGACAGCUGACAGUUCCGAUGAUAGCUAUCGAGAGCAUCAUCAAUCAACUGAUAACCUAACCGCAAACCGUGAGGUUGUGAAAAGGUUAUUACAAAAAGAAAACUCUGAUCCAGAAGAAAUUGAUGUGUGAUGUUCAAACUUUGGGUCAAUUCUUUCAGCUGGAAAGGAUUUAAGUGACAUUUUUGUAAAAUCAUAUAUCAUUCUUUAGAAAUACAUAAAUGUGUCUCUGAGAUUAAUAUUGAUUUGAAGGUAUUGUUAUUGUUUUUGAGAUUAUCAGUUUCUAUGAUUUUCAAGAUUCAUUCAUUUAUGACAAUGAUUAAGUUUGAGAGAAUGCUAAAAAAUUAAACAAGGCCAUGAUUAAUCUCUAAACUUUGUAUGUUCUGCUAGCUUGAUAGACGUAGAUUUGAUUUGAGAAAGAAUUGGGGCCUCAGCUGGCUUUGUUUUAAAAAAUAUUUCAUCAGCGUAGACAAUGAUUCUGUGUAGCAAUAAAUUAAUAUUUUAUGAUCAUUUGGACUACUCAAUUAAGGCAAGGAUUUAUUGACAGAUUUGUGAUAAAGAUACUGCCCUUUAUUGAGGAUUUGAUUUUUGACUCUUACAUCGAUUAACUUGAAUAUUUUGUAUAUCAUCAAUAACUUUUAUAUCAAUUCAUCCCAUCUGUUUGCCUUGAAAUCCCAUGUACCCAUUUUCAUCCUGUGAUCUGAACAUAUGGCUGAUAGGUCUGAGGAUCACCAUGUUUGUUUACAGAGAAAUCAGAAAAGAGUUUUUCAAGAUUACAAAUAAUUGAUCACUUUUCUUUUUGGACUAGCCUCAUCUUUCAUUGUCUGUUAGUAUUCGAAACAAAUCAUGAUAUCAUUGCAAGUAUAAAAGGAAAAUUUAUUUAUUGUCUCAAAACCAAAAAAUCACAUGAAAUGCAAGAAUAAUUUAGAAUGACAGAUGUUGUGGACAGUUAACGAUAAAUUCAUGUGAAUUUGAGACAUUCAUUGACCAUUGACAACAUUUCGAUUACACUUAUUCCUUGAAGCAAGAAUAUGUUGUAUAUUUUGUAAAUAUCAUUUUGUAUGUUACCAUGGUUACCGAGCUAGUACUCACGACUAGUCAUAUCAGAACUCCCCACCAUCUCAGUGCAAUCAAUCCUUUACUUUUAUUUCAACUUUUUUGUAUAAACUUCAUAUCAUGCGAUUCUUUGCUAAUCAGCAGUUAUUUAUUCUUUUUUACAGUUUUCUGUAUUGUCAAUACUCAGGAGGAGUGGAAAAAUAUUAACUCACAUAUGCCAAAAUAUCAUUUUGCCAUAGUGAAAAAUAAAAUAAAUCCAAAUUCACAAGUGUAUUGGAGAUAUUCAUCCAUGGAACGUUUUUAGUCGAGUCUUUUCAUAAAACAGGAUUUAGACAGAGGCUGAUCUGUAGUAGUAGUGUUUUACAUUAAUUAUACCACUUUUUCCAGGACAUAACUGUGAUGUAAUUAUUAUUUAUUAAAGAGAUUUAAUUACUCCUUUUAAUUACCCCUUGUAUAGAUUUUCCUAUCAUUUUUCAGCCAUUCCUCAUCGGAAAUUGACAGUGACGUUUUUAUCUCUUCCAAUCACUCUUGCAAUGAAUACACUUAAACAGGGAGAAUUUAACCCCAAUCAAUGAACCCCCAAAAGAUGAUUGUGUGUUAAAAACAAGACAAAUGGGGAAAUAUGACCCUUGAUUUUUUAUUUAAAUAGUGAAUCAAGCUUGUCUGGCCUUACUUAAUAUACUGACGCACAUUGAAAAUGCAUAAUCAUGUUUUCAAGCAUUGGAAUGUCGGUUUCAACACACAUCGUUUGAGAUUCAGACCCAAACAACAACAAAAUUUGUGUUUGAUUACCUCAUGCCUCAAUACACAGAACAACUUUGAUUUUUUUGCUAAUUUUCCAAAUUUUGCAAAAAUCUGAAUAUGAGUUUUCAAAGUGUUUCAGUAAAUAGGGACAUUUUUCUUUUCUUUUGUGAUAUUGUUUAAAGGGAUCAAAGAGAAAUGAUUUGAUUUUAGAUGAUUCUGAUAUGGUCUGAGUAAACCCAAUGGUCUUAAGACUAAAGACAAAAAUAUCAUUUGUUUGAACAAUGGGUAAAAUCUACCACAUAUGCAAUUCCAUUCUCAAGAUUUGUUUUGUAUAAUUUUGUUGUUUUCCGUAUAUGGCUUGAACAUUUGGUUCAAAUGAUCUGUUUCCAAGUGAACUAAGUAUGUUCAGGGUCUCUGUAAGGGUCUUAUCGCGUAAAGGUCUUUUGCAAAAGGGUCUUAAGCGCAAGGGUCUUGUGCCUAAGUGUCUUAACCGUAAGGGUAUUAUGCAUAAAUGUCUAAUGCGCAAGGAUCUUAUACGUAAGGGUCUUAUACGUAAGGGUCUUAAGCGUAAGUUUCUUAUACGUAAAGGUAUUGUGCGGAAGAGUCUUAUGCGUAAGGUCUUACUUCUUUAUGUCAUUUCUUGUAUGUACGCAAGUCUUUCUUUGUUAAAAUGUUAUUGACACGUGAUACAUCUCAUGCCAGUUUCAUAUUUCAAUUUUCAUAAAGUAAUCGUUGAUUCCCCAAACUGCAGAAAAUACUGUUGGUGUGAAUUACAUGUAUAUUUUUGUAUCGACAAGUUGACAGCGAUGUUGUUAUUUCUUGUCAAAACAU